CGGUAAUAAACCGGGUAGCCUGCCCGAGUCGUAUGACUUUGACAGAGUCCAUGAUCUUGCUAUUACAUUAUUCUGGAUCUAGCUAGACCUGGAUGCUCUCGUUGAAUAUCUCUAAAUUGGCAUUAGAGAGGGAGGACAACGGCCAUAUACCACGAGGACCUAAUACAAAUACUCUUACUUUCACACAGUUAAUAGCUGCAUCACAAUGGCAUUCAUUCGUCGACGGCCGCUCAUAUCGCUUUCCACUGGUCUAUGCGCCUUGGGAGGGAGCUGGCUCUAUGUUCGGGCGCGCGAUCUCGAACGAAAAUGUCCUUCGAUCUCUGUACAGCAGAUACCUCGAGGCAGCGCUUGUCAACAUUUCAUCGAGACUGUAGGGGAACCCCUCGGGACAACCUUGAACUCUUCGUAUCAGCCACGAUUGGUAGCCGCGUGGACCGGUACGAGACGGGACCGCUGGGUGCCGUACUGUGUUGCCAUCCAGAAAGAAGUACCGCUUUCUAUAUUCUCUGCUUACGGGACGGAGGAAAACGAUGCCAAGAGCCUGGCGACGCAGCUCAUGCGAGCUUUUUGUGAUGCGAGAGCGAAAAGACCAGAGUCCGUACAUUUGUUCAAGGAUGAUAUUGUGUGUUCGUCUUUUGAGCCGGGAACACCACUCUACGGCAAGGCAAAUGGCCUGUCGACAAAUGUGCUGGGCGUAUGGAGCAUGAGGGGCGGGUCUGACAUCUCGCCACCUUCCGUCUCGCUGUCGCGUUCAUACCCCGUGGCCGAGUUUCCUACCAACGAAGAAGCAAUCAGAACUGCUUCCGGGGACUCCGCGGGCAUCGUGACUUUUUGGAGCUUUCCUAGCCAUGUCGCCAGCGUCGCGGACAAGGCUGCUUCUUAUGGUUACCCAUGGCGGUUCAUGCUGGGCGGCUUCCACGAGUUGAUAGUGGAGAAAAGCUCUGAGGAUACUGCGAGGAUUACAUAUGUGAUGCUUGAGUGUUAUCACUUGUAUCCGAAUGGCCAGGCAGAACCGGACUUCAAGACGACUCCUCAGUGGACCCAGAAGCUGCAUCGACUGUACGCGCAGGAUCUCCUCGAAAAAGCGGUGCAGCACAUUGAUUUGUGUCAGAGAGCCGCAGAGCGGUAGCCGAACGGUACCUUUUAAAGUAGCUGGUUGACAAUGUACACUGAGUUAUGAGAAUUUGGCCAGCGUUCAAGACUCCUUCUAGCGGUGCUUCGACACGUUUAUAGCCGUGACGCAUACAGCUUCCUGGCACAUGAUUCGUUAAGAAUUGCGUGUAACUAACGUUGAAGUGGAGCUCCAACAUUCGCAGAACAAUUCUUGUCAUAGACAGUCUUAGUGGUCUAUUUGAGUCUCAAUGAGCAAGCUACUAUGCUUCGAAAUUCUACCGAUUGUAAACCCAUCGAAAUUCCCCUCACUCCCCUUAUUCCCCUCAUUCACUUAUACA